AUGAACGAUUCUACCAAGGACGCCCUCUACAAGGUUGCUGAUGUCACAAAGACUAUUAUCCAUUGGGGUUUCAUUCCCUUUGUCAUUUACUUGGGUAUGACCCGUAGCAACCCCAGACCUUCAGUCCUCAAGCUCAUCAGCCCUCUUGCUUAA